CCGCACAUUCGCCAGCUGAGUUCCAUACAGCCAGCGGUCGCACGCCUUUCGCCGCACGUCGCUUAAAAAUAUAAAUUGAAAAAUAAAAGUGACAAAAUAUAAAAACUUUUUGUUUUUAAAAUCGGAUCUUGUUGUGCCGGUGUGAAAAUGGUUCGUAAACUAAGUGCGCUCUUGUGCUGCCUCUGCGUUUUCGGCAUUUCCCUGAGUGACAGCGCUAUUUCGGCUGAAAGCGAAAAAAGAUGUCGGAACCCGCCGACUGCGCCGCAGAAAAUCGAAAGAGUGAUCACAUUGUGUCAGGAUGAGAUCAAACUCUCAAUACUUAGAGAGGCGUUGGACGUGAUCAAAGAGGAGCACACCAUGCCGGCUGAGAGGCGGCGCAACAAGAGAGAGGUGCCCUUCACACACGACGAGAAGAGGAUCGCUGGAUGUCUACUGCAAUGCGUGUACCGGAAAGUGAAAGCGGUGGACGGCUACGGGUUCCCGACCCUGGAAGGUCUGGUGGGCUUGUACUCCGACGGCGUCAACGAGCGAGGAUACUUCAUGGCCGUGCUCGAGGCGUCGCGCGAGUGUCUCAUGCGCAACCAUGACCAAUUCUCCAGGACCGUACCCAUGGACAACGGACGCAACUGCGAUGUGUCGUUCGACAUAUUCGAGUGCAUAUCGGACCGCAUCGGCGAGUACUGUGGCAACUCCGGCCUUUGAGUCUUCACUCCAUUCUUCACUUCACUCCGUCAUCACAUCCGCCUCUUCACCCGGUUCCGAGGUUUUGGAACUGAAAUGUAACACAAAAAAUGCGAUCUUGUAACAAAAAUCUUUGAAAAACGUCAAUGAUGAAAAUCUUAAAUGUAUUUUGCGAUCUGUUAAUGCCAACAUCAUAAAUCAAAAACAGAUUUUUUUGCUAUAUUGUACAGUUUUCCAAAAACUUAUAAUCACAUUUUUUUGUGAUAUAAUUGUCAGAUUGUAAAGCUAUCAAUGAUGUAGAUAACCAUAAUCAUCUGGUUACUGUUUCAAAAUACGCUAAUUUACCGUUUAAAAGAGAAUUAUUUUUUCAAAUUUAAGAAACGAAAAGUAAGUACCUAUCAUUAUGGCUAAAUACCACUUAGUAUGUAGUUUUAUCGACAAAUAGUUACCAAUUCUUUUACCGAUAAAAUCAUUUAGUUCUAAGUACUCAUAAAUGCUUAUAAAAGCAAUAAAAUAUGUAUAUAUAGUUAUAAAUAAAAAAUAAUUUACUAAAUUGUGAUGCUCAAUAACUUUUAGCUCAUAAAGCACUGUGAUUAAAAAAGUAAAUUCAAAAAUCAUUUUUGACGUGUUAAAUUUAAAAUGCUAAAAUGUGUUCAAUAUGUAAAGAGUUUAUUUUUCUAAAACUUGUGGAUUUUGUAUCUGUCAUAUUUUUUUAAUAAUUUUACCGUCAUAAUUUAAUCGUCACUCAUGGUUCGGUGAUUUCAAAAUAAACAUCGAUCCGUGCAGAUACAAUCGCUGUGUAUUCGUUGUUAACAAAGUGAUUUGGAAAAGAAUAAUGGUCAUUAAGAUUCACACCGAUGGAAACGCGGUAAUCCCAAAGACAUGUGACUCUUUUUCAAAACAAUAAUUUUCAUUCAACUCUCCUUCAACUGACACUUUGUGUUGCCAUUUUUUAAUCGUAAAACCACCCAAUCCUAUUGUCAGUUGACUCGACAUACAAGGAUACGAUACAUGACAGAUGUCACACCUCUUUGAUUUUACCCAAGCGUAUUGCUUCACGUUUCCAAAUUUUCAAUUCAAAAUAAGCGCAUAUGACAUUUGUUCUUUGACAGGGUGUUAGUGACAUUGUAACGAUAACUUUGCCCUCAGUUCUAUACUUUUGCGACGAAAAAUUCCACUUGAUAUUAACUCAGAAUUAUAGUGUGAAUCAUCCCCCUUAGUAUUCGUUACGAUGUCACUAACAGCCUGUAUAAUAUUCAGUCAGUGACACGUAAACAUUCACUAGGUACAGUCAUGAGCAAUAUAAUGUAUCCACUUUAGGACUCUGUCGCACUAACAUAUUUGACAUUUAGUGAGACUUACAGUUCAAUUUGUCAAAAAAGUUAAAGUGACAUGGUACCAAAGUGUAUACAUAUUAAUGCUCCGUACUUAUCUUCAAAAUUAUUAUGUAGGUACCUACCUACGAUUUUCCCCAGUGCAACUAGGGGUUAAAAAGGCUACAUUGAAGCAAUUCACCUAAAAGCAAUAAAUAUUGAAAUCUGACAUUUGCGCAUAUAAAAGUAAGUGCGGAAGUCAACUAAUGUCAAAUAGCAAUAUUGCUUUUUAAGAUGAAUUUAUUUUAUUCUUAUUCUUAAUAAGGCCUUUUUUUAGACCCCUUGCACCUAUAUAAAAUUGUACAGUGUGGUAGGUAUUAUGGAGUCUCGUUACAAUCUUAAUACACUUUCGAAUUAAAUUAUAGUUGGUUGUGAGACACGGCAUAUUGUCAUUAAAAAAAUAGCGGAAAAUAAAGCUUUAUAACGAACUGAUAGAAUAAUAUUAGCUUUAAGUUUUCUCUAAUAAAUCUCUGUAAAUAACUUCCUGUU